CGCACCGCUGGGCCCGGACACAGCGGGUUCGAGGCUGGGCCCCUGUGCGGGGAGCCCCGGGGUGGAGACUUUGCCGCGCCGCGCGGAGCAGGAGGGAGCCGGCGGGGGCCUCGGGAGCCCCAGGGCGGCCGGGCCCGGAUCCCGGGGGAGCCUUGCGAGCCCGGGCCGAGCCUCGGCGUGCGCAUCCCCGGCGGGGCCCGGGCUGCAGGAGCACAGAGCAGCGGGGCCUCGCAGAGCUUAGAGCGCGCCUGACCCGGGGCGCACCGUGGGACCCGGGCGCUUGGCUGGCGGAGAGCUGCCCCGCGGGGCUUGCAGCCGCGGAGUGGCCUACAGGGGCCCUCCCCCGGAGGGGCCGGGCCGGGGCGGGGAGAUGAACGGCUUCAGCACCGAGGAGGACAGCCGCGAAGGGCCCCCUGCUGCCCCCGCCGCCGCCCCGGGCUACGGCCAGAGCUGCUGCCUCAUCGCGGACGGCGAGCGCUGCGUCCGGCCGGCGGGCAACGCCUCCUUCAGCAAGAGGGUGCAGAAGAGCAUCUCGCAGAAGAAACUCAAGCUGGACAUCGACAAGAGCGUAAGGCACCUGUACAUCUGCGACUUCCAUAAAAACUUCAUCCAGAGCGUCCGAAAUAAAAGGAAGAGGAAGACAAGUGAUGAUGGCGGAGAUUCCCCUGAGCAUGAUACUGACAUUCCUGAGGUUGAUCUGUUCCAGCUGCAGGUGAACACGCUCCGGCGAUACAAACGGCACUACAAGCUGCAGACCAGGCCAGGCUUCAACAAGGCCCAGCUAGCAGAGACUGUGAGCCGACACUUCAGGAACAUACCAGUGAAUGAGAAGGAGACACUUGCCUAUUUCAUCUACAUGGUGAAGAGCAACAGGAGCAGACUGGACCAGAAGUCGGAGGGCAGCAAGCAGCUGGAGUGAGGCGCAGGCGGCUGGGUGAGAUGGAGGCCUUGAUGAGAGGACAGCGUGCGGUGCUUGAUGACAGGUGGUCUCUGCAACAUCUCAGCCCCUAAGGACUGUUCAUAUCUACUGUAAAUAAAGUCUGAAUGAUGGAUACUGUAAAUCUCUCUGUCAGGAGGAUUAUCUUCUCACAGGUCAGCAUGUGUGUAGAAAGACCUUAAGAUAACUGCUCAGACUGAAAAAUCAUUAUAAAAGGAAUUUAAAAACCGUGUCUUGAGUACUCAGCAAAGCUUUAAAUGAAUUCUCCUAGAAAUGCUGGGUGAUACAUAUUUUGGCAGUCCCAAGCUGUACCAGGGUGCCAAGGGCAAGGCCCAGCCCGGUGGUAUGGCUCAGCGACAGAGAAAUUACAGAGUAGGCUCAUGUUUGGACUGACCUUUGCCCACUGGGCAUGCCGCUUUAUUGCAAGUUUUGACAUUUAGUAGCAAAUCAGCUUGACACUAGCUCCCCACUUGCCCUGUGACCUGUUCACAGUGGGCACUCAGUGCGUGUUGGUCAAGAGCUGCCACAGCCACGCAGCUUCUGCUUUGCUCCUCCUGCCACUGAGACCUGCCAUUUGUGUUGCUCUCUGCUUAACCACUAGAGGUGGAGGUAAGCAAGGACCUCGGGGCGGGUGUCUGCUGUGAUUCUAGAAACGACAAAAAGACAUCACAGGCUGGCCAUGGUGGUGCAUGCUUUAGAUCAGUAGAACAGGGCAGAAGGAUAGUGAGGUCAAGGAUAACCUGGGCUAAAGACCCUGUCUCAGACACAAGGCCAUGAAUCUGGGGAUAGCUCAUCAGGUAAGGGCACUUGCUGCCAAGCCUGAUGAACUGACCUGAGCUCAAUUCCUGGCUGUAUAGGAGAGAAUUGACUCCUGCAAACUGUCCUCUGACCUACACAUAUACACACACA